AUCCAUCCCAUCCAACAACCCCCAAGACGAACUACCUUACGCACCUCACUCCUCACUCCUCACUUCUCCCCUCCUCUCUAUCACAACCAACCACGCCCACGAAUCUCCAACCACCGAUUUCCAUCACCGCCAUCAUCUCCCAUUGCUUCCCUUCCACCUUCACCUUCACCUUCACCUUCACCUUCACCUUCACCUUUACCGUCCGUCACCGUCUAGCCGUCCGCCCCCCUCGUCUACCCGUCCACCGUCGACCCGUCCCAUCCAAUAUUGACCUGACCAGGAGAUCUUCCCGCCCGAUGUCCCCUCCUCGCUGACGGUUUGCAACUCGCCGUUCCGCCCGCCGCGAAACUGCUUCCGAAUCCCCUCGCGCCAAACAUGUCGAGACUCGCUGUGCCAUUCUUCAACCAUGGAUCUUGCCUUGAAGACGGCCGGCAGCACGCCAACUUCCAGCCCGGGUCUCUUCAGCCCGUCGGUAGCCCAGCGCCAACAGUCCCCCUUUCCCGAUGGCACACCCCAUUCUAGUCCCUACUUGCAUCCGUUGCAGAUGCACAAGGUUCGAGAGACGCACAAAGCACAGGUCGAGCAGGAUUUCAUCACGGGCCGCAAACUGAUAAAUCAAUACGAGAUCAUUGAUGAGAUUGGCCGUGGUGUGCAUGGGAAGGUAAAGUUAGCACGGAGUCUCGAGACUGGCGACUUUGUGGCCAUCAAAAUCAUACAGCGGUUCUCGAAGAAGCGCCGGCUUGGGAGGGUGACGGUUUCCCCCGAGGAUAAGACGAAGAGAGAGAUUGCCAUCCUCAAGAAGAUCCGGCAUCCCAAUGUGGUCGGUCUACUAGAGGUCAUUGAUGACCCAGAAUUGAAAAAGAUAUACAUGGUAUUGGAGCAUGUCGAGCUCGGAGAGAUAGUAUGGCGCAAGAAAGGCGUUCCACAGAUAUGUCUAUACGAGCGAAGAAGGGUCGAGAGAGAACAGAGAGGGGAGCCAGAUACAGGGGAGGACGAAAAGUUCUUCAAGAUGAUCGAGCGACGUCGGAAACGGAGGGAGGCACAGCGGGCCAAAGCCUCUACCCUCUCGCAAGGACAACCGGAUUAUUGGAGUCUCGAACAUGGUGACGAUGAAGAGCUCGAGGAAAACGAGGAUGACAAUGAGCACGAUGUUGACGACGAUGAUCAUGAUGCGGAGGGGCACCCCCUUUCACGGCAAACGACUGGUGGAUCUGGACAUAACCCACCUUGGUAUCAAUCGACGAUGCGACUCAACCCUGGCUCUCGAGUUCAGUCAAGGGCAACUUCCCGAGCCCCCUCCCGGGCCCCUUCAACGAAAUCUAGCUCCCGUCCCCAUACAUCUCUCUCAGGGCAGACGGAAGAGAGCGAUGAUGAAAAUGGCACGCCGGGCCCGCUGCCAUGUGCCUCGCCCAUGCACGGUUCGCUCAGUGCUCUUGAUGGAACGUACUACGGGUCCUACCCUGAUGAUCCUCAGUUCGGGGGUCGUUCUCCCAGCACGGCGGAUAGCAUCAUCUCUCACAUGUCCUCCGUUGAUGCCAUGCAACAUGACGCGUUCGAGGAUGAUUAUUCCUACGUUCCUUGCUUCACGAUCGACCAAGCUCGGUCUGCUUUCCGAGACACCGUGCUAGGACUAGAGUACCUUCACUAUGAAGGGAUCGUCCAUCGAGACAUCAAACCGGCGAACUUAUUGUGGACCAAGGAUCACCGGGUCAAGAUUUCCGACUUUGGCGUGUCUUACUUCGGCCGGCCGAUCCGAGAAGGCGAAACCGAGGAGAACAUCUCGGAAGCGGACGCUACUGACUUCGAUGACGAUCUGGAGCUUGCGAAGACUGUGGGGACCCCAGCCUUCUUUGCCCCCGAACUGUGCUACACGGACUUGGAUGCCGAGCAGCCAAAGGUCACCGAGCAGAUUGAUGUCUGGUCAUUGGGAAUUACCCUUUACUGUCUCAUAUUCGCUCGAAUCCCUUUCCUGGCCGAUGAUGAGUACCAACUCUUCCGUGCCAUUGCCAAGGACGAUGUGUACAUUCCAAGAAGACGCUUGAAGGCUGUUGACCCCUUGUGCCCGCCUCUAUCGUCAAACCAGACUGCACGAUGCGGUCCAUCGACUGGGCCUUACCGAGAAGAAGGGGAACUCGCCUUCGAAGAGAUCGAUGAUGAAUUAUACGAUCUGCUUAGCAGGAUGCUGAUAAAAGAUCCUGCCGCGAGGAUGAAAUUGAGGGAGGUCAAACGCCAUCCCUGGGUUAUUAAAGGUAUCGACAACAUUGUUGGUUGGAUUGAUGAUACAGAUCCGUCAAGGAAGACUGCAGGUAGGAGAAUCGAGGUUGAUAGAGCCGAGCUGGAUCACGCCGUUAUCCCUAUUUCGAUCAUCGAACGAGCUCGUUCGGCUAUGAAGAAGGCCGUCGGAAAGGUCUUGUCAGUCACCAGGAGUGACACGAGGAGCGAAGGUCGGAGACGGGCUACAAGCAACACGGCAAGCUCGGUGGAUACUCAUCACCAAAUGCACUCGCCCGUGACACCCAUCGCCAGAGAUGGCCGGGGGGUGAGUGUUCGUGGUGAUGAAUCCCCGUACGCCUCAGUGGUCGGCGGCCUCCUCGAACAUCGUGAAGCGACCGAGCAUCCCCUCUCCCACAGCUUGACAGCUAGUCCCGACCUUCCAACUGAUGACGGGAGUCCAUUCUCGCUUGACUCUGUUCAGCAGUCUUCGCCGGUAGGAGCUACCCCCAAGCGUUUCCGAUCCGGUACAACGGGAGAUUCUGAUAGAAGGCCAGAUCCGCCGGAGCGUAAUGUUUCGACGGCGGCGUCAGGUCAGACGGUCGUUCGUAGAGGGCAUACCCAUUCCCGGUCCGUAACGAGUGCGCCAACGGGCCUAGUGCUGGAGGAAGAGCCAAGCAAUCCGGGUUCCGUCACUGCUGGUCCAUUCACAGACCAUCAUGGUAAGCUAUUCGGAGGACGCCUGUGGGACAACAGAGGCCGAGAUUUCAUGGCCGAUGUCGAGGAGCAUGUCUCUGCUCGGUCGAAAUCGGUUGAUCGUGGCAUCUUUGGCCUGGAGAAUAAACAUGCGGAACCAAGUGUUGCAACCACUAUUACAGUUGCACCUGGGCAUUUCGAGCAUCCAGCUAUUCUGCACCAGCCACGCCCGUCCCACUCUCCCGAGGUUAGCCGCGCCAAUAUCAUUUCUGAUAAGCCACUACCCUCUCCCUUGUUCUUCCAACCGCAUGCCAUUCGCCAAUAUCAGACAUCUCAACCCUCAACGCCAAACCCGGGUGGUGCCGCCUCGCACCUAGAUGAGCGCCCUACGACUGCAAACCGUACUCCUGAGGGCAAGACACCGGCACCCCGAGUCUAUGGGGCUAGUACGCCUGAAUCUUUCGAACAUGCCCAAGAAGUGCUGGACCGACGAAGAAAGAUGGAAGCUGACGCAGAUCAGAAGCGAAAGGAGCAGGCCAGUACGGCGUUGCAGGAGCCUGCCACACAUUGUCCUCGUUCCCCAGACGAUGAUAUCUUCAUCGAGAAGCAAGAAGCCAAGCGUGCGGAAUCAUCUAGCUCUGUCAACUCAAAUAGCGUGGUCACCUCGCCCUCAGAUCACGCCUCGCCCCUCUCAUCGGUUACUCUAGGCUCUCGGGAAAAGGUCUUCCCAUCUGUCCCAUCGCUACCGGCUCUUGUUUCGAGUGGCUCAUCUAUCUGCGCUGACCCAGAAGGGGAUUUCCUCCAGCACCCAGGUGUUGUCCCACGACCUCAGCAGGCGCUGAGCAUCGAGAGUACACCAGAAACGCUUACACCACCCUCGCUUUCGAAGCAAACUUCGAAUGACGUUAGAACACCCAGGGAUAUAAAUGAUGCUCUCGCCGUUGACGUUGAUGAAGAAGGGUAUAAUGGGGAUGGAGAUAGCACCUUCACGAUUGAUGAUGAUAUUGAUGAUGAUGACUCGGAUAGUGAUGAAGGGCUUACGAUGACCAGGAGAAAGCCACGCGUAAGCCUCCAGUCGUCGAUGGUUCGCCGUGGCACAAAUGGGUCGGCAGGAAGUACAGAGACCGCCAAGAAGGUGGUCAUGGAUGGCUAAGGGUUUUUGGGUCGGGUUCAAAAGAUCAUUUGGCGGUUGAUUCCCCCUACUGGUCCGGGAAGAUGCACAGAUGAAUUGUGGCAUAAGAAAUGUGAAGGGAGAUUACAUAUGUGGCGUGGUUCUUCAUUGCAGCAUGGCGCCAAGGAACAAAUUUCACCGGAGUAUUGAGCAGGCAAAUGGUCAGGAUACCUGAG